AUGUCAUUAAUAUAUAUUAUAUCAUUAUUUCAAAUUACGUAUACGAGGUAUAUUGGACCAAAUUUUGAUUUCAGCAAGUAUCACAGUUUUGAGGAAUAUGAAAAUUAUUUAGAAAGCAUUCCACAAGCUUUUCCGCAUUUAGCUCAGUUACAGGUUAUUGGAUUUACACAUGAAAAAAGGCGAUUACUUUGUUUAAAGGUAUUUAUACAUUUCAAAAAAAAAAAAGUUAAGAAACAAUUGAUUGUUAGUAUAACUGAAAUUGGAUAG